GAAGCCAUGGACCCGGAGUGCGACGAGAAGCAAUUUUUAACACAGCUGAACGAUGGUCAGGUGGUACGAUUCGUCAGUUCUACUUCAGCGAAGCUGACACCUCUGGAGCCUUACAUUUUCCGAGCCUACCGUGCCUCCGCGCAGCAGCUGAGGCUACGCUCGGUCGGCCACGGCAUCGAGAAGCCGGCUUUUCUUGCUGCCAGCUCCGGCGGCUUCAUAGCCGGAGCAUCAGUUCAAGACCCAGCCAGCCGUUGGCUCUUCCAGGCGCAUGUGAGCAGAUUGAAAAGGCCUUUCCAGGAUUUCGAGUUCAGCACAGAGCAGUAUGACGCCUUUGCAAGGGACGGCUUUGUGAUUCUGAAGGGCGCCGUGGAAAGCGAAGGUGUCCAGGCUGCUCUGCGGUCUAUCAACCACUUGCUCGGCAAGGGCCCAGAAGCAUGGAUGGUGGAUACCGAUACGCCGACAGAACCCGGGGAGGCAUCGAAGAAGAAGCUGCCGACCAGCAGCCACCCAUCCAUCGAGGCUCUCGUCACUCGCACUUGCCUUAGUGUUGCCGUGGAGCGCCUUUUGGGCGGUGUUCCCGCCCCACCUGGUGCAGGAAAUCUUGCUGUGCGCUUCCCAGUCGUCGAUCGGCUCGAGAUGAGUGGGGGAAGCCUCACGGAUGCAGCCAAGCGCGUGGUUGAGCGGGAUGACAGCACACAACAAUUUCACAUCGACGGCAUGGGCAAGGACUCACCUUUGCCCUUCAGUGUCCUUUGCAAGGUCGCCCUUUCGGACCAGACUGAAGAGCACUCUGGGAAUUUCACGGUGUUUCCUGGGUCCCAUCGGAACUCCGAUGUCAUCCGCUGGUACUUCGCGCACCUCUCAAACGCGACAUCACCGAAGCCGUCAAAGCCGGACGCGGGCUUGCCAUUGCAGCUGCGCCUCGCGCCCGGAGAUGUGGUCCUGGCGCAUCCCUAUUUGUGCCAUCGGGUGGGCACCAACACAUCUCCCCACAUCCGGUAUAGUGUGAUAUUCCGAUUUCGCUCAAAAGAUUUCGCUGAACAUGCUGCGAAGCGCGAGGCCCUGUUGCAGAACCCCAUGCUGGAAUUUCCUUGGUUCAAAGCAUGCGAACCAGGUCCUGCAGUCGAUACAGGGGCCUGA